GGUUUUCUCUCCCCGGCCUUCAGCUGUAAACAUGGCGCAAGAACCCUGGAAUAAAACUUGUAUCCAGUUUCCAAGUGCUGUUUCUUCGAGUCGAAUCCCAUUUACUGACUCAAGUGAUAUCUUGAUUGAAAGUCUGCUGACUGACUGUGAGAAAGUCUUGACCCUGUUAUGUAGUGAAGUUCUACAGGCAGAAAUCCGUGUUCUUUACGAACUUCUUUACGUUUUGAACAACGGCUUUAGACAACACAAGCCAUUCAGAGCAUUAAAACAGGUUGAACAAUGCAUAAACCGUUUGAAAGAGAUGAAGUUACAAGCAGCAGUGGACGAUCUGAAGGAACUGUGUCCAGACAAAUUUCAGAGGGAUGCUGGAGCAGAGGUUGGGGAGUGUGACGUUCCCAGUCAGCCCAUGUUGGAGUGGCUCUGUCUCAAACUACUAGGAGCCUCCAGUCUUUUAGCCCGAACGCUGGAGCGGUGCACCCAAGCUUUCAUACUGACACGGCAGCACCUGCUGCUAAGCGAGUUCGUUGUGCUGAAUGUGGUGAUAACCAGCAUGCUUAGUCGUCUCUGGUGAGUCUGUGUACCAGUAUGAUUUACCAUAUCAUCGCUGAAUUACCAUAGAGUUAUUUCCUGAAGAUGCUAAGUUGGGAAACUGCAGGGAUGGAGCAGCAUUUCAUAUUUGUGACCCUGGAGCACAAAACCAGUCAUACGUAGCACGGGUAUAUUUGUAGCAAUA